UGGCAGUGGGUGCAGAUGGGGAGCCUCACCAGCUUGUUUUGUUUGCAGAGGAAAGUGUAUCUACCGUCAGACAGCAUGAGAGCCCUUGUCCUGUUUGUGUGCCUGGCAGUGGGCUGCCUCGCUCCGAGACCACAGCCAUGCACAUCCCCACCACUGCUGACUGGACGCUUCUCUGUGUCCACACAGAAUGAAAAGCUGUGGUCGUACGCCAAAUACUUGUACGAUGCUAUGGGACAACGCAUCCGCUUCAUGGAGAUUGGAAAUUACGAGAAUAAGACAUUCACGCAUGACGUUCUGAUGCUCUACAAAGAGGCUGUCAUGUACGAGAUUAACGACCAUGACCGCACAUGCAAGAAGAGUCCUCUGAAGGCAGACUUUCCAACUAUGGGAAUCCCAAAAGACGCAACUCUGCUGGAUCAGUAUGUUGUGGGCACUUCAUCUGGACCUGGAAAAGGACUCCUGGUUAACACUUGGACAGGAGAAUUGCCUGAAAAAGCAGGAAAAUACAUAAGUACAGUCACUGAAUUCGGAUGCAUCCCUGUCAGCAUUUUGUACAAAACUGACCAGUAUGGAUGGAUAGUGCUAAGCUACUUCAACAACGUCAUUGGGAUUCCAGACCCCAGUCACCUCAACCCUCCAGACUUCUGCCAGGACGCAGAGAUGAACAGUGAAGAGGAGCCGGCAGACUUUCUCAGCCAUCUGUCACCGUUCUGCAGCAGGUACUGUGUUUUGCUCGCUCCCGAUGCGCGCUCCCGAAGCAUGCUCCAUACUUAUGCAACAAUCAUCAGGAAAGGUGUAAAAGGAUGGAUAGAAAACCUGGCAGUGGAUCCAGACCAGGAGCCUCACCAGCUUGUUUAUAAGGAAGUGAGCGCUCUGAGGCAGCAGCAUAUUUGUUUGCAGUGGAAAGUGUAUCUACUGUCAGACAGCAUGAGAGCCCUCGUCCUGUUUGUGUGCCUGGCAGUGGGCUGCCUCGCUCAGAAACCACAGCCAUGCACAUCCCCACCACUGCUGACUGGACGCUUCUCUGUGGCCACCGCAAGUGGGAAGCUGAUGGCUUAUGCCAAGUACAUGUAUGACGCACUGGGACAGCGCAUCCGCUUCAAAGAGUUUGGAUCUUACAACAAUAAAACCUUCCAGAUUGAGGCACUUUUACUCUUCAGACAGGGUGUCAUGUACAAGAUCAACUACAGGAACAGAACAUGCUGCAAGAAGUCACUGUAUGCAAACUUCCACCCACUCGAGAUCCCACAGAAUUCCACCCUGCUGGCACAGGUUGUGUUGGGCAGCUCCUCUGGUCCAGGACAGGGACUCCUGGUCAACACCUGGGCUGGAGAGGUGCAGAUGAAGAAGGGGACAGCACAGUACAUGAGCACUGUCACCGAGUUUGGAUGCAUCCCCGUCAGCACUCUGUUUCAUACCAGUAGAAGUGGAUGGGUGAUGACAAGCUUCUUUAACAACGUGAUCGGAUUAGUGGACCCUCAAAAGCUCAUCCCUCCAGAUUUCUGUAAGGGCGCCCAGCUGGAGGAAGAGAAGGAUGAGGAGCCAGAGACCUUCUUCAGCUUGUUUUAAAAUGGAAUCUUUUCAGAAAUGUUGUGCACCGUGCUGAUGAUAUCUACUGAUUAUGAUUCUUUGCACUGAUUUGUUUACUUAUUUACUGUUACUGGUGUUGCAACCUUUGUGUUCUAGCGUUAAAAAACAAUCAGGGAGUAAGUCAAAUGUUACAGCUUUUCAUUAUGGUGUUUUGGUUUUUGUGGAAUAUUAAAAUUUGUGUAAUGAGGUCUUUUGUCUGAUUUCAAGAGUUCACAGCCAUGCCAGUUGAUCUCUGAAGUCUGACAAUAGAUGUGUCAUUACUCUACUAAUUACUCUACUAGCACAUAGUAUCAUAUAGUCGUUGUGUCCAUUCAUAAAGUUGAUUAAAAUAACUACCCUCUAUGAACGGGAUUGAUUGAAAGGACUAGUGUUACACAGCCUUCCCAAGACACAGUACGGCAUUCAUUUAAUCUACCUGACAAGCUAUAAAUGCCCUUUCAAGUUUGUGAACUGAUUUACAUUGCUCAUGGAAAAAAAUAUAAAAUAAAUAGAGCUUCAAUACUGCCGUUUCAUGAAAGUCCUUUUAUAAAUUCUACCUUUGUGAAGAUUAUAAUGCUCAGUAUUUGUUAAUACUGGUGUAGAGAUGUCUAGCAUGAUCAACGUACUUUGCUAAAGUGUUUUUACACAUUUUUGGGUAAACUACAUUCUGUUUGCACUUUUUUUCUCCUACAUUUUUCGACAUACUAUAUUAUACAGUUUUUAUUAAAUCUUUGGACCUA